AUGGACGACAACUUGGCCGCUGAGAUCGCCAUGAUAGAGGCAGAGCUCGAGGCGGACCGCCAGUUUCGCGAGCAGCAGCAGCAGCAGCAACAACAGCAGCAGCAGCAGCAGCAGCCGUUCGGCUCCCUGGAGACUGGGGGCGUCUUCGACAGGGCUCCCCCUGCGGAGCGUAACGUCCACCCCGCACAGCGGCCGCGGGCGUUCGCCCACGGCGGCGACCCCGCGGCGGCGGCGCAGCAGAAGCAGGUCGGUGGGCAAGCCGCGAUGGCCCCAACGUCGGGGCAACCGCACCAGUUCUCCAAGGAUAGCGACGGCCGCUCCGUAUUUGUGGGAAACCUGCCGAAGGGCGAGAACGGCGGUCCCACCACCACUCCGGAGGAGUUGGCGCAGUUCUUCGCCGACUGCGGGCAAAUCCUGAACUGCACCGUCCUGCGGGACCGCGCGACGGGUGAGCUGAAGGGCACGGCGUACCUCGAGUUUGCCUCCUACACAGCCAUGGGGAAGGCCAUUGACACAAAGAACAACGCCAGCUUCAAGGGAAGUACCAUUAUUGUAUGUUGA